GAAAGAGAAACACAUACUCCUCAUCCUAUAUAUACCUACACCUACUACCUACAGAUCGAGCAGAUCACUCCGUAGUACAUGCAGCGAUCGUCUCUUGAAACUAAAGUAGCUAUGGACGCUAGCAGUGUUAGCCCCUCGAUAGUCUCCGUGCCAACGAGCCGAUUGCUCCCGAUACGCACGCCGAGAUCGGCACCGGCCGAAUGGACGACGACGGACGAUUCCUCGGCGGCUACGGUGGAGGAGGAGGAGCCUGUCACUCCUACUGCAAGACUCAUGGAAGGUAUAUACAUCGUCGUCACCAUCGGCCUUGGUUCCCCCGUAAACCUACAGGUCUUCAGCGCCGGCGCUGCGGCGGAACUUGCCCGUUUCCCACGCUUCCGCAGCAUCCAAGUGACAGAUGGGAACGGCAACAACCCGCGGUGGGCGCGCACGGCGGUGAACGUGGAGGACCACAUGAUCGUCCCGACGAUUGACACCGCCGCCGUGGCGGCCGACCCGGACCGGGCCGUGGAGGACUACGUGGCCUCGGUGUACACGCUCCCCAUGGACCGCUCCCGCCCUCUAUGGGAGUUUCACUUCCUCGACUUCCCGACCUCCGAGGCGGCCUCCACCGUGGUGCUCCGCGUGCACCACUCCCUCGGCGACGGCAUGUCGCUCAUCACACUCCUCCUGGCGUCCUCGCGCAGCGCCGCCGAUCCGACACGCUUGCCGGCCAUGCCAGAGCAGCCAGCGCGCACAGGCGCCAUCUACGCGCCGCGGCGCCGAGAGCCGUCAUCCGCUGGCGCCCUAGCGGCGUUCAUCACGUGGAUAUGGCCGUAUCUCGUGCUCGCAUGGAACACCAUGGUGGACGUGAGCUUCUUCGCUGCGACGAUUGCGUUCCUGAGGGACCCGUGCACACCCUUCAGACGUGCGGACGGCGACGUCACGUUGAACCCCCGUAGGCGCUUUGUGCACCGGAGCCUUAGCUUGGACGACGUCAAGUUCGUCAAGAAUGCCAUGAGUUGCACUGUCAAUGAUGUGCUGGUUGGGGCAACUUCCGCUGCUCUGUCACGCUAUUACUUUCGCAAGUCUGGUGGCACCGACACUUACAGAACAUGGUUGCGGUCUGUCCUCCUUGUCAAUACAAGGCCAACCGCUAGCCUACAAACAUAUGCUAAUAUGAUAGAAUCCGGUAGGAGCAAUGAUGUGGCAUGGGGAAAUCAACUAGGCUACAUCCUCCUUCCAUUUCAUUUAGCGAUGCACGAUAAUCCACUUGCAUAUGUUCGCAAGGCUAAGAUGACCGUGGACAGGAAAAAGAGCUCACUUGAAGCUAUCUUCACAUGUAAGACAAGUGAAGUUUUUGUCAAAAUGUUUGGUCUGAAGCAGGCAGGCGCUUUUAUCUUCCGCCGUAUGUUCGCCAAUACAACUAUUUCAUUCUCAAACCUGGUUGGACCAACUGAAAAAAUAGAGUUGUGUGGGCAUCCAGUUGUCUUCAUUGCGCCUAGCGUUUAUGGAGUUCCGCAAGCUUUGAUUAUGCACUACCAGAGUUAUAAUAACACUAUUAAGAUAGUUUUAUCGGUUGAUGAGGAAAUAUUUCCAGAUUAUAGUCAACUUUUGGAUGACUUUGUCGUGUCCUUCGGGCUCAUUAAGGAUGCGGCUUCAAGGCUUUCAGAAUCCAUCAAGAAAGAGUAAGCAAUGGUGAAUUACUUAGUGCCUGUAUGAAAAUUGUAUAAUGCCAGCAUUAUACUCCUACAUAUUCGAUAUGUGUGUAUCAUGAGUCUCGACAAAGUAGCUAAAAUGAUAAAUUGUACCAUACCAAGGUUGCAAGUCAAAUGUAUUAGGCACUAUUAUUGUUGGACAAUGAUGUAUCACAAGGAAUAAUAUGAAUUAUACAUUUAUACGA